AAUGGAAGUUUUUAAACACUUAAAUUUUUACAAUAAUAUUCUUUUUGGAUGAACAUAUCUAAAUAUCAGCAAAAUUUUCGAUCAAAAUAAUUCAUUACAGAAGUUUGAAAAAAUCUUUCUUUGUUAGGUGGAUUUAUUACAACAGAAAAGAAUGAAACAAGAUAUAUUCUUCUUUUGAAUAAAAAUUUAUUUAUAUCGACAUAUCUAUUCUAUACACAUCAAGAUCAACAAUUUGUUAUUCAUGUACAAGUGAACAAUAUUGAGCUGCAUUUAAUGAUACGACUUAUUCAACGUUUACUUAAAUAUACAUCAAUAACACAUAUUAAUUAUCAAUUAUUAAUUGAUUCAUUGGGUAAAUUACGUGAAAUAACAAAAAAAAAUUAA